AUGAGGGUGGAGGUGAACAUCCAGAUACACACAGCUGGGGAAGGGGCGGCAGGAGCCACGUCAGGCCGUGAAGGUGGCAAGAAGAAGCCCCUGAAGCAGCCUAAGAAGCAAGCCAAGGAGAUGGAAGAGGAAGAUAAGGCAUUCAAGCAGAAGCAGAAGCAGAAGAAACUCAAGGAGCUAAAAGCAAAGGCUGUGGUGAAAGGCCUCCUGGCCACAGAUGGAAUUAAGAAAUCUGGCAAAAAGCAAGUUGUUCCUUAUGCCUGA